AGGUUAUGUUGUCUAAAAUCCGUGCACCUGUACAACAACACGACUGGUGGUUCAUGUCUAGCCUCUUACCCUAAUAGGAAUAGACGGUUUAUAACCCAUGUGACUUACAGACUGUUGAGCAUGCACAAGCUCAGUAGUGGAUUAGCAUUAACGUAGCCUGAAUCAUAUUCUGCCGAACAAACACAUUUGCUAAUCUGUCCUGUAGCGUGUGUGUCUGUAGUCUCUGUUUUCUCACUGCAAAGAGGAUACACAGGACUAUACUUAAUCGCCGAUCAUGAACAGCACAGAGGGCCCCGAUUUCUACAUCCCAAUGUCCAACGCUACUGGACUAGUCAGGAGCCCUCACGAGUAUCCACAGUACUACCUGGCAGAACCAUGGGUCUUCUCCUUCCUCACCAUCUACAUGUUUUUCCUUAUCCUUAUGGGUAUUCCUGUCAACUUGUUCACACUCUGCGUCACGGUCCUGCACAAGAAUCUACGCACGCCGAUCUACUACAUGGUGGUGAACAUGACGAUGGCUGACCUCCUCGUAAUCGUUAUCAGCUUUCCUUUCACCAUGCACGCAGCAAUGCACGGCUAUUUCGUCCGUGGAAUGGUGGGAUGCAACUUUGAAGGCUUCUUGACAGUGCAUGGUAUCCAGAUCUCAUUGUGGUCCUUGGUGGUCCUGUCCGUAGAGAGGGUCAUGGUGUCCUGUAGACCUGACAUGGACAUUCGUCUCCGGCGCAAGUUUAUCGUUAAGGGAAUAGGCUUCAGCUGGCUUAUGGCUUUCAGCUGUUCUUUGCCUCCUCUCUUUGAGUGGUCGCGAUACAUCCCUGAGGGAUUGCAGUGCUCGUGCGGCGUCGAUUACUACACUCUAAAGCCUGAUAUCUACAACGAGUCCUUCAUCAACUACAUGUUCACCGUGCACCUCAUCAUCCCGUUGACCGUCAUCUCCCUGUGCUUCGGCCGACUGCUUUGCAUGGUUAAUGACGAUGCUAUUUCUAAAAACGAGCAAGAUGCCAGCUGCUUGACGGUCCUCUUGAUCCUAGGGUUCUUCAUCUGCUGGCUGCCGUAUGCUAGUUUUGGCUGGCACAUCUUCUCAAACCAAGGCAGUGCCUUCAGUCCUAUCGCCAUGUCUCUGACCUCGUUCUUCGCCAAGAGUUCCGUGUUGUUUAUUCCCCUCAUUUGCAUUUGCAUGGACAAGCAGCUCCGUCAAUGCAUGGUCAUCACGCUGUGCCUAGGGAAGAACCCUUUUGAGGGCCAGGUUGGAGACUCAAAGACCUCAGAGUCCUAGUCUGUCUCUG